AUGAUCCCUAGGGAAAGGUCUCACUACAACACUAGGAUUGGGUCUCAGAUUGAAGUGAUAACAUUGGCAUUGUUUACGAAAGAUUCAACCAUGGCUGCUGCAGUAAGUGCUUCAGUCUCUCUUCCAUCGUCCAAGUCUACUUCACUUCCAACCAGAACCGCCAUUUUUUCCCCAGAAAGAAUCAACUUCAACAAGGUUCCAUUGUACUACAGAAAUGUGUCUGGUGGUGGGAAGGUGAUCAGAGCCCAGGUCACCACAGAGGCUCCUGCAAAGGUUGAGAAGAUUUCCAAGAAACAGGAAGAAGGUGUAGUGGUCAACAAGUACAGGCCCAAGGAACCAUACAUUGGCAGGUGCCUUCUCAACACAAAGAUCACUGGCGAUGAUGCCCCAGGGGAAACCUGGCACAUGGUUUUCAGCACUGAGGGAGAGGUCCCUUACAGAGAAGGCCAAUCCAUUGGGGUGAUUGCAGACGGUAUUGACAAGAAUGGGAAGCCUCACAAGCUGAGGUUGUACUCGAUUGCAAGCAGUGCCAUCGGAGACUUUGGAGACUCCAAGACCGUCUCUUUGUGUGUUAAAAGGCUUGUUUACACCAAUGACAAAGGAGAAAUUGUUAAAGGAGUUUGCUCAAACUUCUUGUGUAUUGACUGGAUAGAAUACAAAAAGAAGUUGAAAAAGGCAGAGCAAUGGAAUGUGGAAGUCUACUAA